UUUCAAAACAAAAUUAAUUUUUACAAAACUCCUUGUGAAUCAUCUACCAUAAAUAUUUAUUUAUUAUCAAGACUUGGACCAGUCGAGUGCAUUAAAAUCUCUGAAAUAGUCAAAAAAAUGAUUUUGUUGCCGUACGGUGAAGAAUAUUUUGGUGCGCCCCUUAUUCAUUUAUCUGAAUCAUCAUGAGCGAACAUUUUGUGCUACUCAAAUUUUUGGAGACUGAGGAAAUUGAAGUAGUCACUAGUGCGUGGUUAUGUAACAAUAAAACUCAGUGCGUGUGGCCUAAUUACAAAAAUCCUAGCAGAAUUGUGAAAGCUGUUGGCCUACAUAUGCCCCCCGAGUCAAACUGGUCAACCCAUGAUGUCAAGCUUCUUGGUGGUGGACACAAAUUUGUCACUUAUCAUGAGGCGGUGAAGAAGCUUCCCAAAGUAAUGGACCAGUCCGACGCAGAGGUUGGGAGUGGCGAUGGUAAAAUUCGAAUUCGUCAAGAGGCGUCCAAUACAUAUGAGAGCUCGGAAAGUGAAGGGGAUGACUGUCACUCUGCACUGCCACCGCCUCCUGCGCCUAAUGAUAACUUAAUGAAAAAUGUGAAGUCGCUCUUGAUUACGCCGGCAGCUAAGAAAGUCACAACUAAAGGACAAUCAAUUCCUAAAAUAAAGAGUCCAGUAAGAUCCCUUUUAAAUUGUGUUUAGUUACGGAAAACGGAUCAUCUUUACCCGGAGUAUCAGAAACUGGAAAUCCGGAACCGGACAUGGAUAUUCCUGGAUGUUCAGCUUCCACCGAAAUGGUUCAAUUCCUCGGCGUUAUGAAUGAAAACGAGCCAGUAACUGCACCACCAGUUCCAGAGGGAGACGCAACAAA